AUGCUAGGUUAUGAUGCCUUCUUGGGCAAUGCCGGCAAGAGCUCAUCGGGGUGGCGCGUAGCGUGGAAAGUUCCUCGAAGCUUCUUGGAGAUCGCUGCCAGCCAGCCCACGGAAUGGCUGAAUCUCAAAUGGGGCCCAAAGGAGUUCGACUUCAGAGAAGCUGGCGCACGGCUGGAGGCAGAUGCGCAGCAAGCUGCAGCGCACGAGGCUAAACAAGCGCGAGAUGGGAAGCUCAGACGCCGAAGGGCUGAGCAGUUUGCGAGGCAGCAAAAGCAAAGCAGCAGCGGAGAGCCCUGGCGACCGUGCUCGCACGGAGGCCGUCAAGCAGCAAUCCAACAUCUUCCUGGGCGUCGCUUUAAGUGCAUGCCUGGGGACUCUUCCUGUGGCUUGUUCUCUGACGUGCCGCCGCUGUCGGCCACUGAAGCCAGCAUGCUGCGCGCUGGGGGUCCGCAGGUCUCGCAGCGCAGCCGUCCGGCUUCUGCACAGCCAUCGACCCGCAGAGCACCCGCGCCCAUCUGA